GUAUUAUUUAUUUAAACAAAUUGCCAAAGGAUCACAAUCAACUUCAGCUUUGAAAAUGGCUUUCAAAUUCAUUGUACUCUCUGCUCUUUUAGCUGUCGCUAGCGCUGGUGUUUUGCAUCCCAUCCACUAUGCACAUGUCGCCAAUCCUGCCGUUGAUGCUGUAGCUUCGACACAGCAGAAUGUUGUGCGUUCCUUCGAUGGUACUGUCUCCCAUUACUCGAAGAAUAUUGAUACACCCUACUCGAGCGCAUAUAAAGCGGAUACCCGCAUCAGCAACAACGUAUACUCUCCAGCUGUGGCCAAGAGUGUCACCUAUGCUGCACCGGCUGUGACCAAAAGUUUGGUGAGUGUACCUUCGGAGACGGUGUAUGAACAUCAUGAGACCACACCUGCUGUAUAUGAAUACCCCGAGCCGGAGCCGACCGCUGCUGUUUACACGCAUGCUGCUCCAGUGGCAAAAACCGUAACUUAUGCUGCACCAGCUAAAGUGUAUCACCAGGCAGCACCUGUGGCCAAAACUAUCAGCUAUGCUGCCCCAGCUGUCGUUCACCAUCACGAAGCUCCUGUGGCCACCACCACCUAUAAUCAUGGACCUGCUGCUAGCACCUACACUCAUAAUUCGCCCAGUGUUGCUGCCUACGGCUCCAGCCAGACUGUGCACUAUUCGCCCGCUGAGAUGGUGUCGCACAUCAGUUUCGAUGGCUUUGGCACCCACUGGGGAUUUUAGGUCAUCUAUGAAGUAGGCUUUGUGGAAGCAAAAUGUGGUGUUGCGAUCGUUGUUGAAAGCGGAACUGUUGAGUGAGACUGUAAUUCGAUUUGUUUUAAUUUUUUUGUUUAUAUUUCUAAAGCAUUUAUUAUGUCACUACCAUUGCACUUCUUACCAUGUCAUUAUUAGCUACUUAUUA